CUGUCAGCGGCGGCGGCGGUGGCGGCGUCCGUCAGUUUUCGCUGAGGAGAAGCACGAAAAGGACCCGUUGGCUCUCCCCCCCUCCCCUUCCCCGCCCUGAACCCCUCUCCUGGCUCGCCGGGAAUCAGUCCUUGUGGAGUUUCCCCUCCAACCCGCCGCCGUUUCCUCGGUCCUCGGCCCGGUGGAAGUCACUGCCCUCGAGGAGGAGGCAGCGGCAGCCGCCCUCGCCUCGCCGCCCCCGGUUCGGUGCCCGCGGUCCCGGAGAGGAGGUGCCGCCGCCACCGCCGCUCCCCCCCCCCCCCCGCUGCCCUCGGGCCGGGCUGGGUCGAGUUGCGAUGCCCUCGGACUUCAUCUCAUUGCUCAGCGCGGACCUAGACCUGGAAUCGCCCAAGUCCCUGUACUCGCGAGAUUCUCUGAAGUUACACUCAUCACAGAAUUUUCAUAGAGCUGGACUAUUGGAAGAAUCUGUCUAUGAUCUUCUCCCAAAGGAGUUACAGUUACCUCCAUCUAGAGAAACAUCUGUAGCAUCAAUGAGUCAGACAAGUGGUGGUGAGGCAGGCUCGCCUCCUCCAGCUGUAGUUGCUGCUGAUGCUUCUUCAGCUCCCUCCUCUUCCUCCAUGGGCGGUGCUUGCAGCUCCUUUACCACCUCUUCCAGCCCUACCAUUUAUUCUACCUCAGUCACCGACAGCAAGGCUAUGCAAGUGGAGAGCUGCUCCUCAGCCGUGGGGGUAAGUAACAGAGGGGUAAGUGAAAAGCAAUUCACCAGUAACACAGUUCAGCAGCAUCCAUCAACACCGAAGAGGCACACAGUCUUGUACAUCUCACCACCACCUGAGGACUUGCUGGAUAACAGUCGGAUGUCCUGCCAGGAUGAGGGGUGUGGAUUGGAAUCUGAGCAGAGCUGCAGUAUGUGGAUGGAGGAUUCCCCCUCCAACUUCAGUAACAUGAGCACCAGUUCCUACAAUGAUAACACUGAGGUACCUCGUAAAUCACGAAAACGAAAUCCAAAGCAGAGGCCGGGGGUCAAACGACGAGAUUGUGAAGAAUCUAAUAUGGAUAUAUUUGAUGCCGACAGUGCCAAAGCACCUCACUAUGUGCUUUCUCAGCUUACCACGGACAACAAAGGCAACUCAAAAGCAGGAAAUGGAACAUUGGAAAACCAAAAAGGAACUGGAGUUAAGAAGAGCCCUAUGUUGUGUGGACAAUAUCCUGUAAAAAGUGAGGGAAAGGAGCUGAAGAUAGUUGUACAACCUGAGACCCAGCACCGAGCUCGGUACCUGACUGAGGGCAGCCGUGGCUCAGUAAAAGAUAGAACACAGCAAGGCUUUCCUACAGUAAAGCUGGAAGGCCAUAAUGAACCAGUAGUAUUGCAAGUGUUUGUGGGGAAUGACUCUGGUCGAGUAAAACCGCAUGGAUUUUAUCAGGCCUGCAGAGUAACUGGACGAAAUACAACGCCUUGCAAAGAAGUAGACAUUGAAGGCACUACUGUUAUCGAAGUUGGCCUUGAUCCUAGCAACAACAUGACACUGGCGGUGGACUGCGUAGGGAUAUUAAAACUGAGGAAUGCUGAUGUUGAAGCCAGAAUAGGAAUUGCUGGUUCCAAGAAAAAAAGCACUCGUGCCAGAUUGGUUUUUCGAGUUAAUAUCAUGAGGAAAGAUGGCUCCACUUUGACACUGCAAACACCCUCUUCUCCAAUUUUGUGUACUCAGCCAGCAGGAGUGCCAGAGAUAUUAAAGAAAAGCUUGCAUAGCUGUUCGGUGAAAGGAGAAGAGGAAGUGUUUUUAAUUGGCAAAAAUUUUCUGAAAGGAACUAAAGUUAUUUUCCAAGAAAAUGUUUCUGAUGAAAACUCUUGGAAGUCAGAAGCUGAAAUCGACAUGGAAUUAUUUCAUCAGAAUCAUCUUAUUGUGAAGGUUCCCCCCUAUCAUGACCAACAUAUAACUUUGCCUGUAUCAGUGGGAAUAUAUGUAGUGACUAAUGCUGGAAGAUCUCAUGAUGUUCAGCCAUUCACUUAUACUCCAGACCCAGCAGUAGCUGGUACUUUGAAUGUAAAUGUGAAGAAGGAAAUAUCCAGUCCAGCAAGACCUUGCUCUUUUGAAGAGGCCAUGAAAGGUACCAAUUUGAUUCUUCUUAAAAAUUCAAUGAAAACUACUGGAUGUAACUUAGAUAAGGUAAAUAUCCUUCCUAAUGCUCUGAUCACUCCACUCAUAUCAAGCAGUAUGAUUAAGAGUGAAGAUGUUACUCCAAUGGAAGUAACAGCAGAAAAAAGAUCUUCCCCAAUUUUUAAGACUACAAAGGCAGUUGGAUCAACUCAGCAAACAUUAGAAAAUAUCUCUAACAUAGCUGGAAAUGGUUCUUUUUCAUCACCGUCAUCUUCCCACUUACCUUCUGAAAAUGAAAAGCAACAGCAGAUUCAGCCCAAGGUGUACAACCCAGAGACCCUGACAACUAUCCAAACACAAGACAUCUCACAGCCUGGUACCUUUCCAGCAGUUUCUGCUUCUAGUCAGCUGCCCAACAGUGAUGCACUGCUGCAGCAGGCCACACAGUUCCAGACCAGAGAAUCUCAAUCUAGAGAGGUAUUACAGUCGGAUGGCACAGUGGUUAAUUUGUCACAACUGACUGAGGCGUCACAGCAACAGCAGCAGUCACCACUACAAGAACAAGCACAGACUUUGCAGCAGCAGAUUUCAUCAAAUAUUUUUCCAUCACCAAAUAGUGUGAGUCAGCUACAGAAUACUAUUCAGCAGUUGCAAGCAGGAAGCUUUACAGGCAGUACUGCUAGUGGCAGCAGUGGGAGUGUUGACUUGGUCCAACAAGUUUUAGAGGCACAACAACAGUUAUCUUCAGUUUUAUUUUCUGCUCCAGAUGGUAAUGAAAAUGUUCAGGAACAGCUUAGCGCAGACAUUUUUCAACAAGUCAGUCAAAUUCAAAAUAGUGUAAGCCCUGGAAUGUUUUCCUCAACAGAGCCAACAGUCCAUACCAGACCAGAUAAUUUAAUACCUGGAAGAGCUGAAAGUGUUCAUCCACAGACUGAAAACACAUUGUCUAGUCAACAGCAGCAACAGCAGCAACAGCAAGUGAUGGAAUCAUCAGCUGCAAUGGUGAUGGAGAUGCAGCAGAGUAUCUGCCAGGCAGCUGCCCAGAUUCAGUCAGAGUUAUUCCCUUCAUCUGCUUCAGCAAAUGGAAACCUUCAACAAUCACCAGUUUACCAACAGACUUCUCACAUGAUGAGUGCAUUAUCUACCAAUGAGGACAUGCAAAUGCAGUGUGAAUUGUUUUCUUCUCCUCCUACAGUUUCUGGAAAUGAAACUUCUACAACCACCACACAGCAGGUUGGGACCCCUGGGACUACUAUGUUUCAGACAUCAAGUUCAGGAGAUGGAGAAGAAACUGGAGCACAAGCAAAACAGAUUCAGAACAGUGUCUUUCAGACCAUGGUCCAGAUGCAACAUAGUGGGGACAAUCAACCUCAAGUUAACCUUUUUUCAUCUACAAAAAGUAUGAUGAGUGUUCAGAAUAGUACUACCCAGCAACAAGGCAAUGGUUUAUUCCAGCAAGGUAAUGAGAUGAUGUCACUUCAAUCUGGGAAUUUUUUGCAGCAGUCUUCUCAUUCACAGGCUCAGCUUUUUCAUCCUCAAAAUCCCAUUGCCGAUGCUCAGAACCUUUCCCAGGAAACGCAAGGUUCUAUUUUUCAUAAUCCAAAUCCUAUUGUCCACACUCAGACUUCUACAACCUCCUCUGAACAAAUGCAGCCUCCAAUGUUUCACUCUCAAAGUAGCAUUGCUGUGUUACAGGGCUCUUCAGUUCCUCAAGACCAGCAGUCAACCAACAUAUUUCUUUCCCAGAGUCCUAUGAAUAAUCUUCAGACUAAUACAGUGGCCCAAGAAGAACAGAUUUCAUUUUUUGCAUCACAGAACUCAAUUUCUCCACUUCAGUCAACGUCAAACCCUGAACAGCAAGCUGCUUUCCAGCAGCAAGCUCCAAUAUCCCAUAUCCAGACCCCCAUGCUUUCCCAAGAACAAGCACAACCCUCGCAGCAAGGUUUAUUUCAGCCUCAGGUGUCCCUGGGCUCCCUUCCACCUAAUCCAAUUCCUCAAAACCAACAAGGAACAAUUUUCCAGUCACAGCACUCAAUAGUUGCUAUGCAGAGUAACUCUCCAUCCCAGGAGCAGCAGCAACAGCAACAACAGCAGCAGCAGCAACAGCAGCAACAACAGCAGAGCAUUUUAUUCAGUAAUCAGAAUACCAUGGCUACAAUGGCAUCUCAGAAGCAACCACCACCAAACAUGAUAUUCAACCCAAAUCAAAAUCCAAUGGCUAAUCAGGAGCAGCAGAACCAGUCAAUUUUUCACCAACAAAGUAAUAUGGCCCCAAUGAAUCAAGAGCAGCAGCCCAUGCAAUUUCAGAAUCAGUCCACAGUUUCGUCACUUCAGAACCCAGGUCCUCCCCAGUCUGAAUCAUCACAGACCUCCUUGUUCCAUAGCUCUCCUCAGAUUCAGUUGGUACAAGGGUCACCUAAUUCUCAAGACCAACAAGUAACACUCUUCCUCUCUCCAGCGUCCAUGUCUGCAUUGCAGACUAGUAUAAACCAACAAGACAUGCAACAGUCUCCUCUUUAUUCCCCUCAGAACAACAUGCCUGGAAUCCAAGGAGCCACAUCUUCACCUCAACCACAGGCUACUUUGUUUCACAACUCUGCAGGAGGCACAAUGAACCAACUACAGAAUUCUCCAGGCUCAUCUCAGCAGACUUCAGGAAUGUUCUUAUUUGGCAUUCAAAAUAACUGUAGUCAGCUUUUAACCUCUGGACCAACUACAUUGCCAGAUCAAUUGAUGGCCAUAAGUCAGCCAGGCCAACCACAAAACGAGGGCCAGCCACCUGUGACAACACUUCUUUCUCAGCAGAUGUCAGAGAAUUCUCCACUGGCAUCCUCUAUAAAUACCAACCAGAACAUCGAAAAGAUUGAUUUGCUUGUUUCAUUGCAAAACCAAGGGAACAACCUGACUGGUUCCUUUUAACUGAAUAUAAAUUCCAUGAAGAAAAUCCUGAUUCCAAGAUGUCCUGAGAUCUUAUGGUUCCAUGAGGAUUACUGAACUAUUACUUUAAAAACAAAACAAAAUAUGAAAAACUGUAUUUGAGUAAAUGGAUAGAUUUUACUCUGACUGCAAAAGAGCACACCUAUGCUGUCUGUUGCAGUGAUUAGCCAUCAAUGAUAACAUGUUCAUAUUUUAUAUUCCUAAUAACAGUGAUGACUGAGAACCAAUUUGAGUUUCCAGCUGACUGAAUUGAUUGUUGCUAUUUUCCUAGGUGUGGUUUCUUUAAAAGUAAAGUUUAAUUUCAAGGCUGGACCACUCAGUUAUUAUUGCUAUUAGAAAAUAAUAUUUGUCAUGUUUACUUUUGUUCAUUUUUUUCUGCAUUGUUUUAGUCAAGCAAUGGCUUUUGAAAAAGCAAAAUUCAAUAAUAAUUAAGGCUGUGAUUUUUUUCACUAUAAAAAAGCACAGCUGUUGGCCAAAGUGAAGGAAUCUUUUUUCAGUUUUUGUGGAGAAACUGAAGGGGUAACAUUCUGAGAGAUGAGCUGUCUUAAGAACUCUAUGCAGAUAAGAGGACUCUUGAUUUAAUACAAAGGCAGACAAUACACAAAACUGGGGACAGCUGGAAUGCUAUUGAUUUUAUUUUUCAGAGAGUUGUUAAUUCUCUGUGUUUCUACUAAGGGGUUUAGCCAUAACUGUGCAUAGAAAAAUACUUAUCUUGCUCUAUAAAAAAUGAAGGGGAUAAUAUAUGGUGAGUUAUGUUCUGAUAUCCUCCUACAGUAGUUUAAAACUGACAGAAUGAUUUGAGUCUGUUUUCUUCUUAAUCCAGUCUUAGGCUGGUAUUCCCUUUUUAUAUGCAUCUAUAUUAUUUUCCACCUCUUUUUCAUUUUAUUUUAGACAAGUAUUAAUAUACUACUGGCUUUGUGACCCUGUAGCAACUUAAAGGAAAAGGCCAUUUUAGGGUGACCAAGCAAUCCUGCAGCAUAGGACAGGAAGUACUCUUUUGGGAAUUAUUGAGAGUUGAUUCCUGAGAAACAAUAUAUUUUUUUCCCCAUGAACGGUGCUGUUCCGAAGUCUUCAAAUUUUUCCCUCUAAUUAGAAAACAGUGUAAAUUUUAAUUGAAAAAAAAGAAAGACAAACUAAAACUUCUUGAAACAUUACUUCUCCCUGAGCUGCAGUGAGUAUAAAUUCACUUGUCACCUCAGUGCUUUACUUGGUCACUUACCUGAUGGUUUCCACAAGCCUUAGGCUUUACAGGGUUGUAUAAUUGACUGAAAAUGAAGAAUUAACUGUGUUACAUCUAUACAGAACAAAAUAACACACUCCAGAACUUGCAGUUGUAGCAUUAGUUAUACAGUUUGGGUGUUCUUGCCACCCAUGGGAUGCCUGCUUCUCACUACCACCUGUGUCUGGACAUGUGCUUAUGUCUCAUUUUCCUUUUGGCAUGUGGAGAGCUGUCAAUGCAAUAUAAGGCCAACAUAUAUGUGACUUCAAUGUGUUGAUAUAAUGUUUUGGUGUUCUUGUCUGUUUCAUUUAUUUGUUAAGUGUACAAAAAAUAGCCUGUUAAUUGUUGUUGAAGGCUACUUUUCUGUUCAAUUUUUUUUUCUAUCGUAUACAUUUAGUUGAACUGUGUGGAAUUGUGGUGUUGGUUUUGUUUAUACAGCCAGAUUUUUCCCUCUUUUUGUGAUGGUCUUUGUUCUUUGAAUGUGCUCUUCUAAUUUGUUUUUUUCUUUCUUCUUAUGUAUACUUCCCUCCACCCCAACCCUUUCUUUCUUUCUCUCUCUGAUUGAGAGGCAUUGAAUUACGUUUUCAGUAGUACAGGCUUCUUGCCGAUAUGAAGGGAACUUUUCAGAAAGAGACCUACUCUGGGUCAUUUAAUUUUGAAUACAGUUUUCAAUCGUUCAAGUUUUGGAUGGUUUAUAUCUAAUGUGUGUUUCAUUUUUUUGGAAAGCUAUAUUUUGUAUUUAGGAAAUGGUAUACUAUUUUGCUAUUUGUACUGAGUGAGUACAUUGGCAUAAAUAUAGAAAUUUAUAUAUAUACAUAUAUAUAAACUAUUCUUUUUUGCCACACAUUUUUGUGGUAAAUUUGUGAGUUUGUCUGAUGUUCUACCACAACGUGGCGUCUGAUAACAGUGAGGGGGGGUUUGUUAUGUCUUUAUUGAGUAUUUAAGUAUCUUUUGAAACAAAUGAUCUGUUUAUCUGUGGCCAUUCCAUCAGGCAGUUCCUUGGUGUUAUUAGUGGGCUAAAGGCAGCUUACUGUGUGUUUGCUGGAUCUUUCACUCAGCAAAAUGUUAGAGUAAGGAAACCCGUUGAGGCGGUUGUGUCAAAUGGUGUUUCACAAGAAUGAGCCAUUCAGUCUUUGCUCACUAUAUAUUUAAUAUUUUAUUGUUAUUGUUAUUAUUAAUUGGCUUUCUGUAUCCUAUGCCUUUUAUUUAUAAAGACACUAAAAAAAACCAUGUUUGUAAUUUUAAUAACAUUUUCCCCAUCUUGUAAUAUCCAGAGCUACUUUAUAAAUUCUUUGAACCAAAAGUAUUUUCCUCAGUAUAUCUCUUCUCCCUCAGCCCCUAUCGGGAAAAAUUACCCAAUAUAGUUCAGGUUGUGAGAAGGAUCAGCUACACAAUCCAGUGCUUCAGUUUUAAAAUAUAAAACUCUAACCCUAGAGCAGGAUUGACUAUACUGUCAGACAAAGCAAACCCAGCAGGUAUGAAAAAACGAAAUAGACAUUAAAAAAUUUAAGUUUUUUUUUUUCUGAGAAAAGUCAUAGGAGACUCAAGAAGUCUAUUUGUUCACCAGGUUCUAAUUAGAAUGAUUAUUAAUACUGCACUAUGGGUGAAGUGGUGGCAAGAAGACUGGCUUGUGUGCUGACUUCUGUGAUUUAGCAAGAGGUUUGUCAUUGUAAAAUGCUGAUUGGCAAUGCCAAGUCACUGGGACCAAUUUUCUGUUUUAUAAUACCUAAAUUUAGAACAGAACGUACACCUGAACUGUAGUGGUUGGAUUGGAUGGAGGCAGAAAACCCAAUUUUUAUUCUCAUAAAUUUUGUGGUUAUUUAUACAAGGGCUGUGCUAUGCUACCAUAUUCUUAUUCAGUAAUAAUAGAUUUUUUUUACAUUGUUAAAUGUUCCUUACCCCUAAAGGUCAAUGUUAAGUACAACAUUCUGAGUAUAUAAUUUGGUUACAAAGAGUAUUUGUCUUCUUAUUGAAGCUCAGUGGUUGAUACUUGUGCUAAUAAUGCAGUUUCCUGGUUACUGUUACAAGUUGUAGCUACAUAUAGGAGAGACUCAGUGAGCCAGCAAAGGCCAUGGAAACAAUUUAUUAAAUUUAUUUAUGGCAGAAGGACCUAAAUAGACUGUGAACCACAUUUUAUUUCUUUAUAUUGUUACAUUCAGUUGUUCUUGCUUUCAACAACUCACAUUAAUGCUUGGAGCUUGUGUGUGUGUGUGUGUGUGUGUGUGUGUGUGUGUGUGUGUGUGUGUGUUAUUCCUUAUUGUCAUUCCAUUAUAUAUCCACACCAACAUGGGAGAAGAUAAUUAGAAGUCAUAUUUUGCCUCUGAGCUUUAUCAUGUUACCUUUAUGAUUAGAGUAUCAUUCUGUUAUUUAGCCAAUGCAAAUCUGUUUUACCCAAUCUCCCUAGACCAGGUUGUUUAAAAGGGCUUUGUUUAUUAUAUUAGCAGUAUUAAUGAGAGAUCUUCCUUUUUUCCUCCUUCCCUCUCUCCUUCCUUCCUUCCAUCCAUCCAUCCAUCCAUCCUUGCUUUUUUUUUUUUUUUGUAGUAUAUGAGAUGUAGUUUGGAAUUUCAUUCUAGUGCAUUUCCUGCCCGUCACAACCUCAGCUAAUCUACCUAAGAAAAAUAGUGUCAAAGGAAAUGAGAAAGAAGUUGUGUCUGAGUCCCUGCAGAACUAAGAUAAUAAUUCUUUUUGACCAUUUAAGCCAUUAUAAAUGCUUGUUUUGGAAAAGUGAAAUCUGUUGGAUACAUCAACAAAUAACAAUCAGAAUAAAAUGAUUUAAUAAUUAAAGUCUCAAAUUUAACAUGGUUCUAAAUUUUCACUUGGAGUAGUAAUCUAAGAAUUUUUCAUUUUUCUGAUGAAAUUUUCUGUUCUAAUACCAGUUUCCUGUUUUUUUUUUUAAUUAAUUGAAAAUUGUAUGAGAUCUGUUAGCUUUGCUCUGCUUUGUGACCAUAGGCUUCAUCUCUAACCAAGAUAGCUGUCUUACAUCUGCAUGCCUUUGGUUAUAAGUAGGGACUCAGUAUGGAGAGACUGUAGUUCAGGAGAUAAAUUAGAAAAAUAACUCAGAGUAUGUACCCUAGUAAAUAGGUUAGUAGAAUCAUGUAACAUGUAUUAAAAAGAGGUUUUCUCUGCCUUGUUUGUGUCACUAGAGCUAUAUUGUGGAGAUAAUGUUCAUAAUGUAGUAAAUAUCAGAAUAAUGUCUACAUUUGUGGCUAGUCCCAGUGUUCUAAUUACUUCUUCAAUCCUCAUUUAAUUUUAUGCCAUUCUAGCCUCUUUUAUUAAUAAAGUUCUGUUCUUCUUUUACUCCACUUUUCUCUUUCAGGAAAUUUUUUAAAUUAAUAUUUUAUAUCUAGAUUAAAUGCUUAUGGAAAAGUGCCUUUUUACCAUAAUAGUGCUCCCUUCUUAUAAUUUUAUUUUUCACUAUUGCCAAAAACAUACAAACACAUGGUUUUAACAGGUCCCAACCUUCACUUUUUCCAUUUAGUCAUUCUUUUCUCCAUUUCUUGAUCACCAUAAGAAACAACUUCGUAAGUCCCUUUGGUUUAAGAAUAAUAGAAAGAACGCAUUUUUAGAAUUGUUUCUUUGGGGAGGGUAAGGCUUUAUAUCAGUUAACUCUAAAUUUUUCUUCAUCUCAACCAAUUAGUGAUAGGUCUUAUCUAAAUACUAAUGAGAAUUUUACUGUCUUUGAGACUUCUUGCACACAACUGUGUGUAAAUUUCAACAAGGAAUUGUUUAAAGCAUUUUCUCUGAUCUUAGAUGAACAUAAAUCCCUACUAAAGCGUAGUUUAAGCGAGUCCAGGUAAUGUCAGUUUUUUUUUAACUAGACAGGGCAAAGUUGUUCAUUUUAGUGUACUUAUCAGAACCUCAGUUAAUUUGCCUAGGGAAAAAAGUGUCAAAGGAAAUGAGGUAGAAGUUAGAUCUGAGUCCCUGUAGACUUAAGAUAAUAAUUCCUUUCAAACAGAUAGAGUUGGAUUUAGUGCCCUGGUUUUUGUUAAUUUUGCCUCUAUUUUGCUCCUUAACACAAUGGUGGUGCUUGAAGGAAGGGCCAUGAGCAACAGGUCAGGAUAGUGGUACCUUUGGGAGAGAGCUACUUUCCCCAUGCAGCUAUUUUUGUGACUGUUAGUGACACUGAAGACUGCAAACCUUUAUGCAAUAUUCUUAAUAGCCUAUUGAUAUUAUGCACUUUAGUCAUUCCAAAGAAGCCAAGAAUGCUGUAUAGAGAUGAUUCCUGCUUAAUGAAUACAUCUUAACUAUUUAGAAUAUUAUGUCCCAUUUUCUUUUGGUUAGCCAACUUAGUGUAAGAGUUAUGUGGAUAUUUUCUAAAAUGACCAUAUAGUAGAACUGAAGACUCUAUAAGGGGAAAUGAUUACACUUUUAACAAAUCAUUUUAGAAACAUUACAGUAUUCAGCUUGCUAAUUUAUAUUUGAGAGUUCAUUAAAAUCAGCCUUCUUUCUAUAUAUUUUGUUUCAUGUAUAUAAGAGCAUUACAGUGUAUCGUUUUCUAUAUGUGUAGUAUGUACAAAUCAGUGGUUCUCAAAGUAUAGUCCUCAGUCCACCAGCUAGCAUUAGUAUCACCUGGGAACUAGUCAGAAAUGCCAAUUCUUGGGCCCCAUCCCACACAUACUGAAUCAGAAAUCUGGAAUGGGGCCCAGCAAUCUGUGUUUUAACAAGCCCUCCAGGUGAUUCUGAUGCACACUAAAGUUUAAGAAUCACUGAUAUAAACUAUAUCUCGAGAGAGCUAGCAAGGUUUUUUUUUCCCCACUCAGAUACAGUUAUACAUUAUUCUUUAUGUAAAUUCAGCUUAACCUGGUUAAUCACUUAUUGUCAGUGAUAAUUCUCAGUACUGCCUAUAGAAAUACAGUAUAUUUUAUGUACAUACACAGUCUAGUUAUUGAUAAUUCAGUUAACUUAGUUUGGCAUUUUCCUACCACUUACUAAAAAGUUUACAUUAAAUGACAUUUAAAUAUGUAGGUGCAGUGUUCUAUAUUUAUUUUAAUUGCCAUGACAUUUAAGUAGCUAAUAUAAUUGACGGGUGCUAAAGUCUCCUGUUUAUCCAUAAAAUGGGUACAUUUUGGGCAGUGUAAUACAAGAUUUCUUUUCAUUGCCUCAUACUUUACCAGCAGACCACAGUUUUGCUCUGGCUAGACCAACUCUCAGAACAAAAUUAUCAUUCCUUGUAUUUAUAUUUGUAUCUGAAAUAGUAAACAAGAUGGCUGGCCAGGUCAACAUAGCACCUUAUUUAAUUUCUUUUUUUAAUAGGUAAAACUUCUUUAAAAGUAGCUUGCUUUGUAUCAGAACUAAUGCAAUAGAGAUAUAGCUGUCCUUGAGCUUAUGGCUACAGACAAGAAUUAUUUACUAAAAUAAAUAUUAAACAAGAUAAUGCAUUAUAUAAUUUGGGCAUUUCUCCUUUCUCCAUUUUAUGUAUCAUGGUGAAUAUAAACUAACCACAAGAUAAGUAGAUUUAUUCAUUCAUUUUAAUCUCCUGUGCAAUUUAGUACCUCUAUUAUUGUUCUAAUCUCCCUCCCAUUGUUUACAAAUCACCAAUUAGUUAACUUAUGAAAGAAAAAUUUACAUUUCAGAAUAAAAAUAAAUGUAUACUCACUUUAUAAAAAUCACCACUGCUAUCUUUCCUUAAUACUAGCAGUGGAAAUGUUAAGUGGCUUACUCUAAAAACUUUGGUGCUGGCAAAUACAUAGGCAAACUGUUGGGAAAUGCUGUAGUUAACAUUCCUCCUUUCUUAUUUCUUUUUCCCUCUUCCCCACUUAACUGCACAUAUUCCUCUACCCAAGGCAUUCUACCACAAUUCUGUUCAACUCCAAUUUGUGAUCUCUCAUUUAAAACUUACAUGUUUAACCAUAUCACCCUGCUUGCUCACUUGCAUUCUCUCUCCCUCCCUCCCUCCUCUCUUUUCCAGAAGUCACUUGCCCGGUUAGAAAUAUUUUGUAGGGAUUGCUUAUUAUGAUUAUUUUAGCUGAUGAACCUCAGGACAACAUACAUACACACACACACACACAUAUACACACACACAAGAUCUCAGAUGUUUGAGUGGAUUUGGAGUCAAAUUUCUGUGUCUAAGAAAGAACUGUCCUGCACUGAAGUGACUGGUGACUUUGAUAGUUACAGAUUGAUUCCAAUGAACUUGAGCUAAUUUCUUUUGAUCUAAUGAAUGUAUCUGCUCACCUUGUUCCCUUACUUCUAAUGGAUAAGCUCCAAGUAGUUGCUAAUUUUUUGGCAACUUUUACUGAGUUUCAUUCACUUCUUUUACUUAGUCUUUUAAUAAGUAUACUACACAUAUUUCAUUAACCUGUUCUCAAGUGGUUUAGCUACCAUUCUGCCAUUUAAAUUUUUAUUUAAUUUUAUUUGCUCGAGCACACUGAUCAACCACUGAACUGCCUUCUUCCAUUGUCCUGCAACGAUAUAAAGGUUACAUUUUUGUGUAUAUGGCUUUCAUAGUGGGGAUUUCAGAGCACUGAUACCAGAUAUUUUCAGUUUGUUCUCUGGGGGAAUUUCAUUUGCAUCUAUGUUUUUAGCUAUCUGUGAUAACUUGUUAAAUAUUAAAAAGAUAUUUUGCUUCUAUUGGAACAUUUGUAUACUCGCAACUAUAUUUCUGUAAACAGCUGCAGUCAAAAAUAAAACAUUGAAAGUUUUCA